AUGGAUGUAUACAACGAACUUCAGGGUCGAGCCAAUGAGAGAAAAAAAAAAAGAAAGUCGCACCAAUAUCGGCUCGAACUUGCGACCCACUCAUCUGAAAACAGCAUAGCUCAAACGGUCAAGACCCACUUAGACCCGCACCUCAAGUCGUCGAUAUACAACGUCGAAGAAAAAAUUGGCUUCUCUUUGAUUGAGCGUGUCAUCCUUAGUGCAGGGGCCAUGCUAAUCUUCUCUGUAUAUUUUCAUUUGACCAUAUGCCCCGAAGGGCGAAAGGAUAUCCUUAGAGUUCAAUUUAACCUCACUUUUUGGCAGAAUUAUACCGCCUAA